AUGGCCUCCGCCGCCGCCGCCGCCGCGGCCCCCGUCUCGGGCCAGGUCGUGCAGCGGUUCCGCGCGCGGCUGCGGGAGGAGGCCGGGGAGGAGCCGGGGCCCGCCGCGGUCGUGGCCGUCUACGACGAGGUCCUCGCAGACCUCACCUUCAACUGCAAGCCCAUCAUCACCGAGCUCACCAUCAUCGCCGAGCAGCACGCCGCGCGAGCCGCCAGGGGCAUCGCCGCCGCCAUCUGCGCCCGCAUCUUCGAGGUGCCCGCCGAACAGACAUUGCCGUCUUUAUAUCUGCUAGACAGUAUCGUGAAGAACAUAGGACGAGAAUACAUAGCGCAGUUUUCCACUAGGUUGCACAAGGUAUUCUGUUAUGCAUACAGGAAAGUUCAUCCUAAUCAGCAUGGUUCAAUGCGGCACCUCUUUCGUACUUGGUCGCAAGUCUUCCCUUCUUCUGUCCUUCGAGGGAUUGAGGAUGAGCUUCAAUUUUCUCCUUCAGAGAAUAAGCGUCCCGCCACAACGAAUAAUGCGCGGCAGUCAGAGUCGCUAUCUCCUAAGCUAUCUCAUGGCAUCCAUGUAAAUCUCAAGUAUCUCGAAGAACCGCACCAGUUCAAGCAUGGCAGCAAGGUUGAUCAACUAGCAACUCUAGGCAGGCAAAUGAUUGAUGUGGAGGAGGAUCAUAUUAAUGGGUUAACAUCAAAUAACUUGCGGGGAUUUCCUGCAGCUUCUUCAAAGCUCCAGAAAUCUACGAUACUUUAUGCUGAUGAUCCUGAUCAGCAAGAGACAUUUCGGUCACGUACUGGAAUGACAAGAAGAGACAUGUCCAGAUCACCACCUCGUGAUGUCCUCCCUAGGAAUGCAUCCCCCAAGAGACCACCAGAGAGGCUACCGCUGUCUCAUUCUGUAUUGGGACAUGAUCCCAGAAGAUUGCCUGAUCGAAAUGGUUGGUUUGAACGACAAUGGACUUUUGAGGAUGGCGCACAGCGGCCUUCGAUGAGUAUGCUUGAUGAAGAGCAUAGGAAACGAAGUGCAAGAGAACUUAUUGAUGCUUAUGGAAAUUCUCAAGCCAACGAUACUGAUGAAAGGCUUCCCAAGAUGCAACGCCUAGAAUCAAAUGGCAUGUCAAGCAGAUCUAGUGCACAAAAUUGGCUCACUUCAGAGGAAGAGGAGUAUUCUUGGGAGGAUAUGAGUCCAACUUUGUCUAUCCGAAACAGAAACGGCAUGUCCUUACCUUCUUCUGAAACCUUGAGAGCUGGCUUUCCUGGGCCAAACUCUGGACAGAUGGAUUCUGAUAUUGGGAUGCGCUGUUGGCAAGGCCAAGCUUCUCAGUCAGCAGCAGAUCGGCCGGCAUUAAUUCUCGAAGAUAGGAUUCCUACUGCUGGUCAUGUUGACAUGGCCACUAGGCGAUAUACAGGCAAUUUUGGUCCCCGGAAUGGAGCUAUUUCAGAGUACCAUAGUUCUGAGAAUACCCUUGAUACUGGGAGAAUUCUUGCUAUGCAAGCUCCACCUUGGCAACAAACAAAUGGUCUGCCAGUGCGAGUACAAGCACCUCAUCCUUCACUGAAUAGGUUGCCACUGCCCACUGAUGGUGAAAUGCCUGUUAAGAGGUUGGCCGCUGGUGGUACAUAUGAUGCUAUGAAUAUAGACAUAGAGAAUCAUAGGCCCCCACUUACUCCUGCUCCCAUAGAAUGGCCUCCUCUUCAUCAUAAUCAGCCACCACCUGAUACAAAGUACAUUAGACAUGCAACAGAUAGUCUUGAAAUUAGGCCAUUUAUUAGCCAAGGAGUCAAUUCAUCUGUAUUUGUUCCAAGGCGUCAGUAUGAUUCCUUAGAUCGGAAAACUGUAAGUACCGUUAACUUAGCUCAACCACCAUAUCAGCACCCAGAUUUGUUGACAUCCAGACAACAAAAUAAAGGCACAAUUUUGGAAAAUCAAUCUCAGCCUCAUCAUACACAGCAGUUUCAUCCUCAUACCCAAUCUCGCCCUCAGGAGGCUGCAUUUAGAGGCUUUGCACCCAGCAUCCCUGUAGAUCCAACCCGAAAUCCAUUCCAAGGACAAGGAUGUAGUGCAACAACGCCACCAGUCCCACCGCUACCAAUGCCCAAUUUUGCUCUGCAACCAUUGCAUCGAGGUCUACCUCCUGCUUCACUGCAGAUGGGUCCAUCAUCAUCACAAGUUGGUGGCCCUACACCAUAUUUUUCUGGAAUUUUAAGUAACCUUGUGCAACAGGGUGUAAUUAAACUGGAUCCUCCUAGUCAACCUCAGGACGCUGUUGGAGUCGACUUCAAUGUAGACCUCAAGGUACGGAACGAGUCUGUCAUAAAUGCUCUGUAUCAGGAUCUCCCCAGGCAAUGCAAAACUUGUGGCCUUCGUUUCAAAUGCCAAGAAGAGCACCGUGUUCAUAUGGAUUGGCAUGUUACGAAAAACAGAAAUUCCAAAAAUCGCAAGCAAUCUUCACGUAAAUAUUUUGUCACUGUGAGGGAGUGGUUAAGAGCAGCAGAAACAGUAGGAAAUGAUGGUGUUCCUUCUUUUGAGCACAUGGAACCAGUCCUUGACAGAAAUGAAGAGAAAGAAAUGGCUGUUCCUGCCGAUGAGGACCAAACAACAUGUGCUUUAUGUCAAGAGACAUUUGAGGAGUUCUACAGUGAUGAAACUGAGGAGUGGAUGUAUAAAGGUGCAGUUUACAUGAAUGCGCCGGAUGGUAAUAUUGUUGGUCUUGAAAGGUCGCAUUUGGGGCCUAUUGUCCAUGCCAAAUGUUGUUCUGGGCCCAGCGGUACUUCUUAGGCCUAGCUGGAAUUCUCAGACUCAUUUGUUUCAGUUUCUUUGGUUGCGGCUAGACAAGACAUGUAAAACUAAUGGAGAAAUCAGAUUUUGAUAUGCUUAGUUCCCCAUCCUGACGGCAACAGUUUGCAUAGAAGUUAAUGUGACAAUAGUGUAAAAAUGUAACAUACUUUCUGUAUUUUAGUGAUGGAGCAUGAGUAAAUUUGCUCAGCAGUCGCUUGUGGUGUCUGCCCUGUUAUCUGUUUACCGUUUCACAGUUGCCGUGAGCUGUGUUCAUAUUAUUUUGAUUUGCAUGGAAUCAUCGAGUCUAGGGCGGCAUGCAACACUUUUUAGGAUGGAGUAAUAUGUAGUAUUGCUUCACUGAACAUGCAAAACAUAUUUCUACCUUU